UUUUGUUUAAAUCAUUAAUUUAGGAAUUUUAUUAAUUUGGCGGUACGCUUGCUGAAUGAUAACUGCUAAUAUAUUGCCAUGUAGCAGUAAACUGUAAUUUAUCAAGACUCCGUCUAGUGGUUUCGAUAAGAACUUUUUUUUUUAGCUUACUACUAGAAUUUACUUAAAUAAACCUGCUUAAAUAAACGACAAUAAAUUCUCGGCUAGCAAUUUAUCGAAAUCACCAGAUGUAGAUCGUAUUUUCGAUAUUAUCAGUCUUCAGCAUAUCGAGACUUACAGCUAGUCACCAAUCAAAUUGAUGUUAUUUCUAGAAGCAGUUUGAUUAAUAUUAAGUAAUGUUCAGUUAAUGUUUUUUUUACCAAUUUUGUUAUCCAAUAAAUUAGUACAGUUAACAGUAGACAUUUAUAGAUAACGAUAUAUAACAAAUUAGUUGAUAGAACAUAUUUUAUAAAAGAAAUCACGCAAAAAUCAUCGUAAUAAUUACAUGUAUCGUACGUACUUACUUGAAAACUCUAGUAGAUAUAUAAUUUUAUAUUAUGUAUUUAAAAUGUCUCGCUACUUAGAGUGUCUCACUUAUAAUUUUGUAGGUAGAUAUCAAUAACUAAAAACGUCAGUCAUUCUUAAAUACAGAAAGUAAUUUUUGGUUUUAAGAAAAACAUUAAAUAUUUAAGUACCUAUUUGCAGUAGGUAAUAAAUAUUUUUUCUAAAUAUGACGUAAGCUAUUUUUGUCAGGCAGGAUGGCCAAUCGUGGAAAUUAAAUGCGUGCAGUUCUUGUAAAUGUGUCCAAGGGAUGCAGAGUUGUGCACGGACUAGGUGCAACAUCACCAUGGCUUGUCCUCCAGGAUCAAAAUAUGUUCAAACGGCAGGAGAAUGUUGUGGAAAAUGUGUUGAAAAUGAAGGAGUGUGCAUGGCUUUUGGAAAUUCUCAUUAUAAAACUUUCGAUGGUAAAAUAUAUAAUUUUGGAGGGUUGGGAAAAUAUCAGUUCGUAUCCGACUGUCGCUCCCAUAUUUUCUCCGUUAGAAUCACAAACGUCCAUAAUAAAAGAUCUGUGAAUACAAGAAGAAUAACCAUUAAGUCAAAUAGCAUUCGCAUCAAUUUAGCUCAGAAUUUCAAAUGUAAAGUUAAUGGUGACUUGGUAAAGUUUCCUUUUAAAAUUGAGGGAUCUGUUAAAAUAGAAAAACGUCUAGACGUCUUAGAAGUAACCCUUUCAAGCAAAGUUGUUAUUGUGUGGAACGGCAAAAGUUUUCUAGAAGUAACGGUCCCACCGGAAUUCAAAAACAAACUCUGCGGUCUCUGUGGUAAUUUCAAUUCCAAUGUCAAAGACGACUUUAAACUUCGAAGAGGUGUAGUCGUAAGGGAUACCGAUGCUAUUUCAUUUGCCUCGUCUUGGUGUGUUGGACCGAAGUCUUGUAUAAAACAAUCUGCACAACUAACACCAUUACGACAAUGUAAAAUAAGGAAUGCAGACAGAAAUCAUUGUAAGCAUCUCUUAAGCACCAAAGUUUUUAAUGGAUGCGAUUCGAAGCUGAAUUCAAACAAGUACUACAACGCUUGCAAGUCAGAUAUGUGCGACUGUCCCAAUGGAAAAUGCUACUGCGAAAGCUUAAUGGCUUAUUCUAGAGAAUGCGGCAGGUUGGGAGUGGAUGUUGACAAUUGGAAAAAGGAUAGCUUUUGUAUCAACAUAAACAAAGCGCGACGGAAGAAACCCAUUUCUAACUCAAUGUUUUCCCAAGAAGACAUCAGCAAAAUACUGAGGGUAAUGAAUAAACAAAAUAGAACAAAAAGUGGUAGAUCUCCAAUACCGUUAAAUUAACUACGGUACCAAUCUCAGAACUAGUCAUAAUACAGACAUCAGUAUUUUAGACAAUCGACUAAAAUGGUUAUUAUAUGCUUUUGAUACCGAGAUUCUAAUAAUUCAAAAUGAUAAUUUCCUUUUUAUUCGAGCAGAUAAGAAAGCCAAAGUGAAAUUUCAAUUUCGGCUUUUUUCAGUAAGAUUGCUUGAAAAGAGGAUUCGUUGACUGCGUGUUUCGCUAUGAAAUAAAUAUAUUGCUCUCUACAGCAAUUAUGAAUGUUCUUUUCAAAUGAAUUUAGAGAAUAUUUCAAAAAGGAAAACAAAAUGUAUGUUUACGUACUUUAUUUCGAAUAUUACAAAACUUCGCUCAAAAAGGUGUCAAUGGUAUAAAUAAACUUUAUUUCAUUUCAGAUCUCAUAUACCCACAAUGAACUAACAUCUGUCAUUUUUAUGUUACAAAGAAGCAGGUUGUAGUACAAGUAUUUAUACUUAUACAUUUUUUCUAUAAUUUUUACUAAUGAGAAAUAAUUUCAAUUCUAUUUCCACAAUUUUACUAAGAAACUUAACUCAAAUUUAACUGAAUUAGGAAUUAAUGAGAUUCUCUGAUAGCAUAUUCACAUUGUUAUAGUAUUAUCGCCUACAAUAUAAAAUUACGCAUUUCCUGAUAACUAUAAAAAUGGUAGAAAUUGGUGAAUCAGUUGGUGAACACUUAAAGAUAACCGAAUACAAUCUCCCGUGACGUUUCUUCUCUAUUUUUUUAUUUUUUUUGUAUUUAUAUUCUUUGUGAUGUGAUUUAAGGAAUUUUCGAAGAUAAUUUAGUUGUACGAAACAACCCGAGCGGAUGCAUUUAAAAAAAAAUAUUCGAGUCAUUUGUUUUAUACAUAGAGAAGGGAACCUGUUACCGUUUAAUUAUAAAUUACUGUGCAUUGUGUAAUUUUUUUCUAAUUCAGUAUUUACUCAUUAUUCGACAGUGAAGAUAAAGAGAAUAGCAAAAUUUCCAAAAUAUAGGUAGUUUGAGUAAUCUACAAAUGAGUGUGUAUGUAAAUUGUUAACCUAUCUUUUCGAUAAUUUUGUUAAAGCACAUAUAUAUUCAACCUUUCGAAAAAUAUUUUGGCAUUUAUUUUAUUUUUUAUAUAUUUACAAUUACACACAAUAAUUAUUAUUUUCUGUCAAAUCAUUUGCGGACUCUCCAAUUCCGUCCUAAUACUAUAGCACAACGAAAAUUUUAUUAUUAAUUAAAGCUUUUAAGUAAUUGAUUUAUGAAAAAUAAAUAUAUGAGUGCAGGUAUAGGUUUCACUUUAAUUUUUGUAAUUGCAACCUCUUGGGAUAACUUUUAAAAGAAUCUCUUUCAAGUAAUUACGUUUUACAAUUAUUAGGUACCUACUUUACAAUUCUGUUUUGUUUGACCAAAGACUUUUCCUGAUUUACAGGGUCUGUAAAUUGUUUACUACAAACAAUUUUUAGUAUAUACGUUUUAGUAUUCCACAAUGCCUACUAUUUUUGUAAAUUUUAACAUAAAA